AUGCAGUUUUGUCAAAAUAUUACCGGUGAGGGAUCACAGACAGUUUUACAUCAGCCACAGGAAUCCGUGAUGGCGCAAAAUAAUCCCAACGUGUUUAAUUCAUACAUUCCACAAUAUAAUCUUACUGGAAUGCCAGGACAAGAACAGCUGCAGUCUUCGUUGUCACCACCUCGAAAUCCACCAGUGGUUCUACAGCAGCAACAGCAAUCUUCAAUGGCGCAACCUCCACAGCCACAAGUCAAGUGCCAGCCAAUAUCACGAACGCAGCCCAAGACAAACCAACAGUUCGUUGCUCUGGUUGUUCCACACAACUCUCUCCAAGCGACGCAAAAUGCUCAAUUGUCACCAUCGUCCCAAGAUUCCACGGUGUCGAAAAAUUCAUCACCAGCACCCCCACCCAGGUCUUCUACUACGUCCCAUAUACAAAUUUCGUCAGCGAAGCAGCCACCGACUCGCAAAUCAGUCACUAUAAAUCUGAGACCCGAAUUCGCCAAGGCAACGAUGACCCAGGUAUCUAGUUCAGCAGAAGCAAGGAUCCUGCCAGUAGUUAGCAAGUUGGCUGGAGGACUGGGCGGUGUUCACCAAGCCGAUGGUUCCCCGAACAAGCAAAUGACCAACUGCGGUUCAGAUCCCCAGGGAUCACAUAUCCACCUGGACCCUCAUCCACACAGUCUACGCACAUCGCUUGAUUCUGGCGUACAAACAGUUUAUCAACCGCAGCCUAAUUUGAACUACGCAACCCCGGUAGAGAAUGCGUACCCAUAUUUCGGCGAGAUUCAGACUGCAGUACAUCCUGCUCCAUCUAUGAAUCCUCCCAUCUCUAAUUGCUUUAAUAACCAGCAAAUCGGAAACGUGCUACCAGUUUCAAACCAGUUCCCAAAUCAAUCGAUACCGCCGCCCCCUUACAUCUCGCCUCCAGUGGACUCACAGCCCUAUAUGUUGCCGAAGGCGCUGAAGGAACUCUCCGACCAGAAUGCGGUGGAAGAAGGCGAGGGAGCUGAGGAGGCUGUCGAAGCCAUACUGAAAAGCCACGUUGCAGCUGGUGAGCCAGGAGGGGGAGAUUCGCUUGCUUCGAAACCAGUUAGCACUGCCAAUCACAUGAAGGUGCUUAAAACGAAACAGACGGUGAUGGAGUGCGUCAUGCGAAAGCUUCUUCAUUCCAUGAAGCAGAUUCGAGACUUGGAUCCCGCGAAGAAGUGCAAAGCUGAAGCCGAAGCAGAGCACAGGCUGAAGAUGGUGCGUGUGAUGCAGCUGCUGAUGCUCCAGAGGAAGAACCUUCAACAACAAAUCGAGACACUUACGCAGAGUCACUGCUUCCUACAGCAGAAGCACCAGGCUUUGAAGGACUAUUCUGAGGGGUGCGUUGCAGAAAAUUUAGAAUUGAACAAGAAGUAUCGAAGUGUGCUAGCUGAACGCGAUAACAAGGAGGCUCAGAUCAAGGCAUUGAUGCAGCUGAGCUGCAAACUUCAGAAGAAAUUGGAAGGCCACGCACACACCGAGUUGGCUUUAGAGAAUACUGCGCUUGAAAUGAAGCGUCUCGCGUGCGACAACGAGAAUCUUAAGGCUGCCAACCAGCAGCUUGAAGCGUGUUUUGCUGAGAACGUCAAAGAACGCGAGUGCGUCACCCUCUUAAACACUCAACUUAAACUGGAUCUAGAUCGUGCUCGCACAGAGUUGGCCAACCAGAGGGUUCGCACCGACAAGAUUUCGGCAGAGAACUCCAACCUAAGGAACCAGUUGGCAAUAGCCGAGGCUGGAAGCAAGACGGCGGCGAAAAAGAAUGCAGAAUACAGUCAAUUGAGGGAGGCCUAUGAGAAUCUGCAGUUCGAUCAUCAGAGACUGCAGCUGCUCUAUGUCUCGGAGACGGAGACUCGACGGGAUUUGCACAACCAACUGCAGGAGGUGAAUGGCAACAUACGCGUAAUAAGCCGCUUCAGGCCACCUCAAGAGCAUGACGACGAGGGCGAUUCUCCGUUUGAGUUUUGCGCCAUGGACAAAAUAUUUGUGUGCGGAAAGUCCAACCCUGCUACCCUCGCCUAUCGACGCCAGCUGGGGUUCAAUCAACCACAAGCCUACACAGCAAAGGAUGAAUUCUUUGCAUUCAAUCGCGUUUUCCAGGACAGCGCCAGUCAAAUGGACAUAUUUGAGGAAAUUCGGCCGAUGAUUGGGUCAUUUGUGGACGGAUACAACGUCUGCAUUCUUGCCUACGGACCGACAGGCAGUGGAAAAACGUACACAAUGCAGGGGACGAAGACUUGUCCUGGAAUAUGCCGACGAGCGGUGACAGAAUUGUUCGCGUUAUGCGAUCCGCUGCAGGGCAUUUGGAACACUGACAUCAACGUCGCUAUGUUUGAAAUCCAUAACGAGGUGAUCUAUGACCUGUUGGCAUCCCAGAUUACACCAGUAAAGCUCUGCGAUAACGGUUCGGAUGUUCGUCUCCUGAAUGCCGAAGAAAAACGUGCAACAUCGGAGGAGGAGACUUUGCAGUGGAUUGAGAAGGGCUACAUUCGGCGGAAAGUGAGUUCCACUAGGCUCAACAGUGAGUCGUCGAGGUCUCAUCUCAUUAUUCGCAUUCACCUCAGUUUAGUUAGCACCAUCGAUAGUCAACGAAGAACCUCGUCUUUGGUCCUUUGCGACUUGGCUGGUUCUGAAUCUGCCGAGCGUAUCGACGCAACUGGAUCCCUUCACACGGAAACCGGUUUCAUUAAUCGAUCCUUAGUAACCCUAGCUCGGGUGUUUGAGAUACUCAGACGUAAAUCAGGACAGUGUGCUUCAACGGGCCUAGCGAUACCAUAUCGGGAUUCGAAAUUAACCCAUCUGCUCAAACCAUGCCUUGGAGGUCAGGCUAAAUGCGUUCUCAUAGUGACCGCGUCACCGGAAAUGAAGCACCUCGAUCGUACGCUGAAGGCUCUCGAAUUUGCCCAGCGCGCAAUGCAAGUGUCCCUCGGAAGACCAAUAAGGAACAGUCGCAUUCUGGUGACAGCUCAGCCCUUGCGAUCCUAG